ACUUGGCCAUGCAAAUGACGUCGUAAUGCUUUCUUUGACCUUAAAAACAUUUUCUAAUAAUAUUUUCCUGAAAAUAAGUUUCAGUUACAUACGUUAUUUUGUAGCCUCUGCGUCGAUUAUAUUUUGUUUAUUUCUAUCACUUCUUGCAGUGCGUAGAAUGACUAAUCUAUCCAACAAGAUGUUUCAACCAAACGGAUUCACUCGUAUGACUAGCAGAAUAAUGAAACAUCCUUGUGUUAUUCCUGGUUGCCAUCACAUUAGUAAACUCUUCGGUUCCAAAACCAGUGACUUCGAAAAUGAAGCAUUAGAAAUCCACAAUGAAUACAGACGAGAGCAUGCCGCCCCGCCUUUAGUUUUAAACAAGAACAUAAGUAAAGUAGCACAAAAAUGGGCAGAAGAACUAGCCAAAAGAGAUUCUAUGGCAUACAGUUUAAACAAGAUGUAUGGUGAAAGCGUUUAUAGCGGAUGGACCGCUGAUGCUAACACGACAAUUACAGCAAAAGAUUGUGUCGACAAAUGGUACAGUGAAAUAAAUGAAUUUAGCUUUGGAAGGGAGCCUGAAGUACUCACAUGCGGACAUUUUACUCAGAUAGUCUGGAAAGACACCAAAGAAUUGGGCGUAGGAAGCGCAAAAAGCGCAAGUGGGAAACUUUAUGUUGUGGCCAACUACAGUCCUCCUGGUAAUUACAGUGGUCAGUUUACAAAGAAUGUCUUGCCACCUGGUGCAAAUCAGUUUAAAUCCAAUCAAACGUUUAAACCAACAACAAGGAGCAAUAAUCAACCAUCAACAUCUCCUAGAAAUAGUAAGAACUUCGGUGAAAUUGCUACAGACUUAGUAAACAAAUUUAAGUCUACUAAUAUUUCUGGAGACAAAUUUGAAGAAGAAUUCUUGAAAGCUCAUAAUGACUAUAGAAGAAAACAUGGAGUCCCUCUUCUUGAACUUAAUAAGAAACUUUGUAAAUAUGCUGAAGAAUGGGCAAAGGUAUUGAUUAAAAAAGGAAAAAUGGAGCACAGAGACCAGAAUGAUUAUGGAGAGAAUAUUUUUUACGCUUGGUCCUCCGAUCCAAACUUCGUAGUAAGCGGGAAGGAUCCUGUUGACAAAUGGUACAAUGAAAUUAAAGAUCAUAAAUUUGGCAAGGAGCCAACUAACUUGGGAACGGGACAUUUUACUCAAGUAGUUUGGGAGGAUACCAAAGAAGUUGGCGUUGGUGUAGCGAAGUCUAAAGAUGGUCAUGUUUAUGUUGUAGCUAAUUACUUCCCGCCAGGAAACAUGAUCGGUAGUUUUGCAAAGAAAGUGCCACCGCCUAUUUCAAAUUAAGUUUUUAUAAUUUGUGAUUUACACCAAAGAUUUUUUAACUCUUUACAUUCCAGUUACAUGAUCGUAUUUAUAUUUAGCUUUACUACGAUAAUAUAACGCAUCUAUUAUAAUAAGAGUAUUUAAAAAUAUAAUAUCUGAAUGUAAUUGACAUUCCAUUUUUAGGUGUACGUAUAAAUUAUUUUGUAUUGAGGAAGUAAUAAAUAAUUCUUUACCACUCUGGUACAGUGUAGUUUUACUAAUAAUAUUUUAUUUACCAAACUCUCAGAAAAUAGACUGAAAGGAAAAGCAGAUAAGGGCCUAUGUUAAAGCUAAUUUGACCAAUUAUAUCGUUGGUUCACAAAAAUGCCACGAACAAAAACAUGAACCCACUCUCUAACAGUCUGUGUCUAGCAAUUCCUCAACCAACCAGCCAUAA